UCUGGACGGGCCGAGAUGCCCUAUAAACUGAAAAAAGAGAAGGAGCCCCCCAAGCUUGCCAAAGGCACGGCCAAGCCCAGCAGCUCGGGCAAGGAUGGUGGAGGCGAGAGUGUUGAGGAGGCCCAGUCCCAGCCGCAGCCCCAGCCCCAGCCCCAGCCGCAGCCCCAGUCUCAGCCACCAUCAUCCAACAAGCGUCCCAGCAACAGCACACCAUCCCCUACGCAGCUCAGCAAAAUCAAGUACUCAGGAGGCCCCCAGAUUGUCAAGAAAGAGCGACGGCAAAGCUCUUCCCGCUUCAAUCUCAGCAAGAACCGGGAGCUGCAGAAGCUUCCUGCCCUGAAAGAUUCGCCAACCCAGGAGUGGGAGGAGCUGUUUAUCCAGAAGCUACGCCAGUGCUGUGUCCUCUUUGACUUUGUGCCGGACCCACUCAGUGACCUCAAAUUCAAGGAGGUGAAGCGGGCAGGACUCAAUGAAAUGGUGGAGUACAUCACCCACCGCCGCGAUGUUGUCACCGAGGCCAUUUACCCUGAAGCUGUUACCAUGUUUUCAGUGAACCUCUUCCGGACACUGCCACCUUCAUCAAAUCCCACUGGGGCGUUUGACCCAGAGGAAGACGAGCCCACCCUGGAAGCUGCCUGGCCACAUUUCCAGCUCGUGUACGAGUUUUUCUUACGUUUCCUUGAGUCUCCUGAUUUCCAGCCAAACAUAGCCAAGAAGUACAUUGACCAGAAGUUUGUCCUUGCUCUCCUGGACCUGUUUGACAGUGAGGAUCCUCGAGAGUGGGACUUCCUCAAGACCAUCUUGCAUUGAAUCUAUGGCAAAUUUUUGGGGCUCCGGGCUUAUAUCCGUAGGCAGAUUAACCACAUCUUCUACAGGUUCAUCAAUGAGACGGAGCAUCACAACGGGAUUGCCGAGCUCCUGGAGAUCCUGGGCAGCAUCAUCAAUGGCUUUGCCUCGUCCCUUAAGGAAGAGCACAAGAUGUUCCUUAUCCGUGUCCUGCUUCCCCUUCACAAGGUCAAGUCCCUGAGUGUCUACCACCCUCAGCUGGCAUACUGUGUGGUGCAAUUCCUGGAGAAGGAGAGCAGCCUCACGGAGCCGGUGAUUAUGGGACUUCUCAAGUUCUGGCCAAAGACCCACAGCCCCAAGGAGGUGAUGUUCCUGAACGAGCUGGAGGAAAUUCUGGACGUCAUCGAACCUUCAGAGUUCAGCAAAGUGAUGGAACCACUCUUCCGCCAGCUUGCCAAGUGUGUCUCCAGCCCCCAUUUCCAGGUGGCAGAGCGAGCUCUCUAUUACUGGAACAAUGAGUACAUCAUGAGCCUGAUAAGUGAUAAUGCUGCCCGAGUUCUCCCCAUCAUGUUCCCUGCACUCUACAGGAACUCCAAGAGCCACUGGAACAAGACAAUCCAUGGACUGAUCUACAAUGCCCUGAGGCUGUUUAUGGAGAUGAAUCAGAAGCUGUUUGAUGACUGUACACAACAAUACAAGGCAGAGAAGCAGAAGGGCCGGUUCCGAAUGAAGGAGAGAGAAGAGAUGUGGCAAAAGAUCGAGGAGCUGGCCCGACUUAAUCCCCAGUAUCCCAUGUUCCGAGCUCCACCACCACUGCCCCCUGUGUACUCGAUGGAGACAGAGACCCCCACGGCAGAGGGCAUCCAGCUUCUGAAGAAGACAGUGGAGACAGAGGCCGUGCAGAUGCUAAAGGACAUCAAGAAGGAGAAAGUGCUGCUUCGGAGGAAGUCAGAGCUACCCCAGGAUGUGUACACCAUUAAGGCGCUAGAGGCUCACAGGCGGGCGGAAGAAUUCUUAACUGCCAGCCAGGAGGCUCUCUGA